CAGCCUCCGCAGAUUGGCAACGUUUGAACUGGUCUGCAUUGCUGAACUGCUGCGAAGAGAAAUCAGCUGUGAGCUUGCUCGCUGCUAGAAUAACAACAAUCAACUCACGCUGUGCGAGGCUAGCUGUGUAUUACUGUGUGUGGAAUGGGCGUUGUACGAAUCGCUGCGACUAUAAACAUCAUAUUCUGUGGACAAUAGUCGCCACCAAAACAAAUCAUCUUUUACCGAUGCACGGGCUCACAACUCUAAUUGAUCCCAUCAUUUAAACAAAUUGGGAAUAAGUACUCAGUGCUUCGUCAAAUUCAUUUGAUUUUAGAACUGAUAGACAUUACUGACAGCUGAAAAGAGACAUUUUAUCCCAUCAUGUUCGACUCGGCUGAUGUUUUCCUGCCAUUCUUCGAAUGGAAUACAUACACGGUUGUCUCCGCGGCUGUGCUGGGUCUGAUUCUCUACGAUUUAUAUUGUAAAGGAGCUGCAACUCUUUACGGCCAUACAGGUCCACGAGCUCGACUGUCUUCGUCGUCGUCCGAUGUCUUCGACGUCCUAGGCGACAUCGACAGCUUCUCACUGCUCGAGCUCAACACCACCGUCAUAUCCGACAACCUCGAACUCAAGACCAAUGACGAUCUCCUGCACGACGAAAGCCUCUUCGAGUCCGAUCUGGACUUCGGGAGCACGUCGUCGUCGUUUGAUGACGAGACGUACGGACAUCCCUCCGAGAGGCCCCUCGUUGUCAUGUUUUCGUGGCUCUUAGCCAAACCUCGUCAUGUUAGUAAAUACGUGGAGCUUUACACCAGGAAAGGAAUGGAUGUCCUCGUCGUCAAGACCCGUCCGAUCGACAUUGCAUGGCCGGCCAACGCCAAGGAGAUCGCCCGGGAGAUCCUGGACUACGUCACUGAUGGCGACAAGCGCCCUCUGUUGAUCCACGCAUUCUCCGUCAGCAGUCACGUGUACGCCGAGAUGCUCGACCUGGUAGAUGCCGUCGAGAAGUAUUCCUCGGUCCGUUACCGCAUUGUCGGUCAGGUUCUCGAUAGUUGCGUGCUCUCGAGGGAUAGCUACGAAGGGAUCUACUCGCAGGCCUCCACCAACUCCUUCACCCAACUUUUCAUCAAGAGGGUUGCAGAGACUUACUUCUGGGUGACCAACAAAUACACUAUGGAUAGUAUCAUCAAGGUGAACGAGAUCUUUACUGGCCGACCGGUCAAGGCUCCAGCCCUCAUCCUCUUCUCUCGCGACGACCACAUCGCCACUGCCAAAGAGAAUGACGAGCUCGUUGACCAGUGGCGAAAGCAUCUCGACGACGACCUCUACGUCAAAUGCUGGCAGAGUUCCCCGCACGUCGGCCACCUUGUCAAACACCGCGACGAGUACGAAGACUCCAUCUACGGCUUCGUUGGGAAACUGAAAGGCCUGCCUAGGAAGUUGCACCUUGAGAGGCCCAUCCCGCCGACGAGCGCCGCCACCCUGCCUCAGGAAGCGCCGAAGGAAGCAGGUCUGAAGAAGGAUGAGUGAAAGGACAGCAGACGGGUUGAGUGAAGGACUGUAUUGUUGAAGAAGCAGGGCAAAGCUCCAUGCUUGCCUUGUUGCAGCUGUAAAAUCUUAAUUGAUUGUGAUCGAAGAAAUGUUGUAGAUUCUAUUUUCUGAAGAGGAUUUUAAUUAUCCAGAGAAUGCCAUGUCAUAUAUCUGUAUGGAAUCCUUCAAAAGAAAGUUUGUAUAUUCUAAACGUUAAGAACAGUUCCGAAGGAGAAGAUUAUGAUGUUUCAGAGAAUAUGUAUGAUGACGUUGUAUAUCUGUAUUGAACCGUUCGAAAGAAAGGUUGUAUAUUAUAAAUUUUAAGAACCUUAUAUACCGAAGAAGAUUAUGAUGAUUCAGAGAUUAUCUGAUAUGGCGCAAUAUAUCUUUAUGGAAUCAAUCAACAGCGCAGACACGUCCAGCAAACUUAUAUAUAAUUUAAAUGGACAAACGGGAAGGAUGAGAUUUGAUCUUUCCGUCAAGGUUCGCCUAGGAGGUUAGAUCAGUGGCGUAUAGAUGGAGGGAUUAGAAGCGCUUGCCCCCCCCCCCCCCCCAAAAAAAAAAAAAAAAAAAAUACAAUAAAAAAUAAAAAAUAAAAAAAUCACGACAGAAAGAAAGAGAAAAGGAAACGGAGAAGGGGGAAACAUGAUAUUGUUUUAAAAUUAUGUUAAAAUGUAUCACAAAAUUUAUUUUUUUUUUUGUAAUGAAAAUGUCGAAUUUAGCUCACUCGCAGCUUUUUAUAAAUUUUGCCCGAUUCUCCAUGUCUCGCCCUCAAUUUUUGUUGGCCCAUUACGACUGGUUUAGAUAAUGCACGAUAUCAUGUUUAGUCCAUAUUUAGCUAUUGGUGUUUUCUGAGCUGCGUUAGAGGACAAGUUUAAGGAAAAUAAAAAGUAAAGGCUGUUGCUGCUGCUACCUUUACAGCAGGUAAGCGUUUCAUCAUUUAUGUCCAACAAGUUGUUAGAUCUGACAAAUUAAAUAGAUACCGUUAAACCAACUUCCCCUCACAGUGAUCAAUACCUAUUUCGCUAACCUACCUACUACCUAGAUAAAAUUUGGCUUUAACGUUGGUGCGUUACCUUGGCCCCGUAACACAAAGGUUGGCGAUAAGUCGCUAUUAAUAAAAUGACCUAUCAAGAUCAUCGUUGCACGCGCAUUUUGCUCAGUAGAAUAUCCAAGAACCAAUCAGAAUUGUUCUUUCAAAUUAGUUGAUUGGUAUUGGAAAUUAUUUUCCAUAUCAUAACACAAAAAAACAUGGUAAAUGUAUGUACAUAAUAAAAACGAAAGGUAUUGAGAAAUGGCCGGAUAAGCCCACUCAGCUUUGUUAAUAUAACAAGGCUGUUCUUCCCUGGGGUCCAGAGCAUACAUAACAAAAUGACAAAAAGAAAAGAAUGAUUAGAAAUCCAAGCAAGAUAUUUUGCAUAAACAAAAUUAAUGAAAAACAACAAUGGAAAAGGGAAACUUUGUAAGAUACCCACACCCCUCCCCGAAACCUGCCCCCUCCCGCCUUGUCACACUAUUCUUUACAGAUCAGGGCAAGAUUGAAAGUAUAUAGGCUACUUGAUGAUUUAAUUGUAUAAUGAAAGUCAUUAUAUUCCCGCGAUCCUCUCUAUAUAAAUGUUCUUCAGCAGCAUUCACUCUUGGGCUUGGAAAUUUUGAUGAUUUAAUUGUAUAAGGAAAGUAAUUAUAUUCCCGCGAUCCUCUCUAUAUAUAAGUGUUCUUCAGCAGCAUUCACUCUUGGGUUUGGGAAUUUUUACAUUUCCUCGUGAUCGGAGUGAAUAUGAAUAAUUUCAAUAUUGGAAAGACUUUUCUGAAUAACCUGGAGCUAAGUGAUGAAGGGGUUUGUAAACCAUCAUAUUUAGAUGUAUUUUUCGCCUAGAUUGCAGAGAUAGCCAUCCUAAUUUUGCAUGAACAUCAUUGUUUAAUCGCUAUUAAUUGUGUGUUACGGGACGUGGUUGACGAGACGGGUGAUGAAAGAUGUGUAGUAGUGUACAUGUCAGGUAUUGCAUAAUCACUUAAUUGUUCACUGUAAAAUAACAUCACAAAAUAUUUUAGCUUUGCAUUUACCAAUAUUUUACAUAUCAUUUCUUAUCUUGACUAAUCGCAUAAUUAUUAACGGGUAUUGUGGAAAGUUUAUUUUUUCGCCGAAUGUAUUUUAUAUCCUGUGUGUGAACAAGCAUGUUUGAAAGCACAAAUGUCAUUGUAAAUACAUACAUUUUGGUAGAAAGUAAACGUUAUGAAUUGCAGUUUUAGGAAAUUAUAAAACGAACAUCAUUAUACAUGGGUUUGCAAUUCUUUCUUUCGUUAAUCUACAUUUUCACAAAAUAUAAUUUCCAGGCAUAAAUUCAUACUAUGCAAUAUCCAUUAGGCUUAUAAGGGGUAAGUCCCUGUAAGAAUAUUUAACAGAAUUCAAAUUCCUUUAUUUUUAUGAAUAUUUUUGUAUCGUUUGAAUUAAAGAGAUCUGUUCACUUUGUUCUUA